AAGGAGUGCCUAGAGAAUCAAUCAGUAUCUUUUCGUCUUUCGGGACUGUUGUGUCUGAUCGCUUUACAAUCGAAUCUGGUAAGGAAUAUUUUCUAUCAUGUCUGACAAACGUUUCAGGAAGUGUGCUGACCCAUGUCCAAAGUUUUUGACACCUGAGGACACACAAAACCUGUGCGUUUUCUGUUUGGGCGAAAAGCACGCACGGACAGUGCUUGAGGGUGCUGUCUGUGUUAACUGUGAGCGUUUUCCCAUGAAGACGCUCCAUUCCCGCCUGUCACUCUUCUCGAGGGAAGGGGCGGCGGCAUCUGUGCCUGGUGGUUCUGGCCCCGCUCGCGCGGAGGCAGAGCGGUGGCUGAAAUCAUGAGGCUCGCAGGUGGAGCUCGCUGAGGAGUUUGAGAGAGGCGUUAAUCUUUCUCAGCCCCCAGCGGCUGACGGGGAUGAGCUGCUGGAUGAUGAUGACGUCCUUUCUUUGACGUCAUCGGAUCCAGCAGCGAGUGCUCUUUUGGCUGAUAGCCCCAGAGAGCAGGAGAUGGUGGUUGAAGAACAAGCAGGUGAGCCUGCUGGUUCUUCUAAGCCUCCCUGCCCUGCGUAUGCUGAGCUGCUGGAGGUUAUGGAGUGCGCUUCUGGCAGGCUGCAGCUGCCUUGGGAGCGCGUUAGGAAAGAAACCGCACGCGGACGGAUUGACGAGCGGUUCCUUUCCGGCCAUGGCCCUGCAGCUCCCGUGAGCCUUCCAUUCCUUCCCGAUCUUCAUGUUGAGAUCGAGAAGGCAUGGAAAAACCCGUAUUCGGCUCGUAUUCAUCGACAUCAGCGAGCGAACUUCGCUGAUGUUGAGGGAUUGAGCCAGCAUGGGUAUGUGUCGAUGCCCCCUAUUGAUGAAAGAUCAAUGGCGGCGAUGGUGGCCACGGAGAGACGUCUGUGGUUGAACCUGGCGGACAUCGGGGAGAAAGAGAAGGGCUUUCUCCUCGAUGCCCCGGUGUCGCCCUCUGAACUUUCUGGCACCUCCGUCGAGGCGGUGGUUGGAAAGUUAAGGGAGGCGAGGGCGCGCUCGGUAGCGUUUAGAACCUGCAUCCCGCUCAGAUCCGAAUCUGGGCUCAGACAGCCAGGAGGUCCUGGUCCAUCUCGAGCUGAGGCUCAGAGACAGGUCCAGAGGUCCAGUGUGGCCACUCGUGCUCCUCCUCCUCCCAGGAGUAAGUCGCAGAGACGGCGUGACUCGAGGAGGAAGAAGCAGGAUUUAAGGAAGGUGAUCGAUCGCAGACGCCAGCAGCGUCGGUAAUCGAUUCCCUCUCUUUGCGAGGGCGACUUUACACCUGCCCUCGCCCCUUCUUCCUCCACCUCCUGAGCUAUGGAUUCAUUUAACGUGCUCAGGUGCUUCUUGAACAGUCAGGCUGAUGGCUGGGCCCAUGAUGAAAAUUUUUACAGGCCUGCCUUCUGGCUUGAUAGUGAAAGAGGCUCUUUUAGGCUUCAAAGUACCCUAGAUUCCAUCCUUCUAUGUGAAAAGUGAAGGAAAGAAGGAGUCUUCGGUCUUCGAGCUGCAGGAAGGUAAGCUGGGUCUAUAUUUGUGUUUCAAAAUAUGUUGACCUUGUUUUCCUGUAUAGUUUUUCCUGAGCAUGUAGUCGGGAAAAGUAUAGGGGUUUUUGGGCAAACUGAAGUUUGUUAGGUUGGCUAGAAUGAUAUUUGUGCCGCCUCUUAGCCACCAUUUUGUAGCGUAGCUUCUCCUCUGGUUUUAGCUAGAGUAAGUUUGAGUUGGCACUCGUCACUUCAGUUACAUCUAUGUUUAUUGUCGGCCUCUGGCCACCUGACGUUGUUUGCUGCUUGCUUCGUGCGGCCUUGCAGGCCCACAGCUCAGCGGCCUAGGCUAGGACUAGGAUUAGGUGUUUUUUGUAAAAAAUAAAUCCCCCUUUGUUUUACUAUCCCUUCUUAGGUUGUAUAUUUCCUAGUUCUGGCGUAUCCUCCUGAGGGAGUUGUUAGGCCAUAUGCCCUUUUUCCCCUUGUCAGUGUAGGUGCAAUGGCUGAAGUCAACAGCUAGAUAGUAGGCUGUUGUGAGCCUCCCUGAUGCUGUUGUUUCAGGUGGUAGGCCCUUAUCUUUGCGUAGAUAAGUUUAUGCUGUGUAUGCUAGGCCCCACUUUCUAGAACCUCAUUCAUGCUAUGAAUUUGUCUUUCCCCUGAGCCCCUUUAAUUAACAUUCAGGUUUGAGGUUAUGGUGCAAGCUUAUUUAGCUCCCGUUCUCUAAGGUUCAGUACAGAUGUUUUUCUGUUUGGUGAGAGCAUUUAUCCUUUCUAGAUAGCAUGUGUUAUAUCAAAGCAUUAUGUUUGCUUUGGGUUCUAGUUUUUGCCCUACAUGUAUGUGAGCUUUACUCCUAGUGCUGCCACAGGUUAACACCUGUUCUCAUAAUUAGUAGGCUUGUGUCUUAGUCACCAUGCUCUCAAACAGAGGCUAUUUGUGUAAAAAAAAAAAAAAAUGUUGAGUGCAGGGAACCUCACUUUCAGUUUUGGUUCUGUUAGCUACCUUUGGUUUGAUCACUGCCACAACAGCUAUAUUGCAUAUACUGUAGGAGUUGUAGGCUCUAUCAGUUUGAGCCUCCUUCUAGUAUGGUAGCGUGUGUUUUACAAGCGUUGUUGGUAGAUGUUCAUGAGUUUUGCUCACUUAAUAUUUCGCACUGCCACAGGUUUAUGCCGUGUCUGUUUGAGGUAGUAGGCCUUUUAGGCCUCCUUCAGACCUUGGUAGCAUGUUGUUGUGCCCUUUGUAAUUGUAGUUGGUAAAUUGCCUGUUGGAAUGUGUAGACUUAGCUUAGGUUGUGUUAAGCUAGUUACCCACAACUGUUGGUUGGGUUUAGAGCUGGUCUCCUUUGAGCUUGGUCCCUUUAUACCACUAGCUGACGCCACGUGUUGUUGGAGUUGUAGGCCCCGUUUAGGUCUCCUUUCAAAUAGCAUGUUGGCACAGUUCUGUGUUGGAAUUUGUUUCGCCGCCAUUGGCCACGCCUGUCUCUGCUAAAUAUAGGAGUAGGCCCUCUUUGUGGCCUCUCUCAGAGUAUUGUGGCGGACUGUGUACUCCUCUUGUUUAAGAGUAAAAGGUGCAUUACUGAGUGUAUGGCCUGAUGGCUUGUGUGGAGAUAAUAGCCACUAGCCGAUGCCACGUGUCUUAAGUUGUAGGCCUUCUGGGCCUCCUAUAGAAACCUCUUUGUGGCCUCUCAGGGUGAGUUUAUUUAGUAAACCUUACAAUGGUUCGGUUUUUCUACAUUUGCUCCCUUGAGCUUGGUAGCACUUCCACGAGCUGAUGCCACGUGUCUGUUUGGAUUCUUAGACCUGUCCUGAGGUCUCCUUGGGACGCAAUGGCGUAUGUUCUACUCCUCUUGCUUAGAGAGUAGAAGGUUUUUUACUGAGUAUGUAGCUUGUUGUUUUGUGUCGGUUUCUUUAGCUCUAGUCGAGCUAAAUAGCUACCUUAUAAGUAAGUUGGUUCUAUUUUGCUCCUAGAACUUUAGUGGCCACUAGCUAACGCCACGUAUCUACAAGUAGUAGGUGUAUGUAAUGUGUACUCCUCUGGUUUUGAGAGUAAAAGGUGUUUUACUGAGUACACUACUGGAUGGCCAUUGGCCCAGGUUGAGUUGAUUUGGUAACCUCUCUGUAGUUCGGUUGUUGUCCACCCUGGAGCUUGAAACACUGCCACGAGCUGACGCCACGUGUCUGUCUGAAGUUGUAGGCCCGUUUUCUGGGCCUCCUUUAGAUCAUGAUGGCGUAUGUUGUACUCCUCUUGCUUCUAAGAGUAAAAGGUGCUUUUACUGAGUACACUGCUUGUUGGAUUGUGUUAGGUAGACUGUCGUGUUGGCACUUUACAGUUUUAUCUGCUGUUACUCUCAUGUGGUAGAUGCUUGCUCUCAGCAAGAUAGGUGUUCAAGGUGUGUGGCCUUGAUAGGCCUCCCUUGGAUCUUCCACUCCCAUUUCUGGGGCUGUAACUUUAGCAGCAUAUCAUGUAUGGUUUUCUACUCUGUGUAGAACUAUGGUCACGUGUAAGGCCCCUUCCUGGCCUCCAUGAUUGUGUGCCUACAGUAUGAUCUAUCUGUUAGGUCGAGCUUUGUACUCCCCUGUUUGGGUUUCCUAUAUAGUGCUUAGCUCCCUAAGCUGGUCAUUGGUUGAAGGCUUCUAUGAUUCCUCCCGUUUUAAGACCAGCCCCCAGGCUGGUUUGUGCUCCCCUUUAUCAGGGUUUCUUUAGCGCACAGCCUCCUCAGUGCAAAUAAUCAGGCGCUGAGUAGAUCCUAGGAUUGAGCAGAGUUUACUACCCUCAAUAAGAGGGUAAGAAGCACUCAGCUGAGUUCUGCUCUCCGGGAUGCCCGUCUCUACGCUCGGGUUUGAGUUGCUUACUGCCUUUCUGCAGUCGCUCUUACACGCUGUCUUCUCUGAAGAAUGCGUUGUUGAGACUCUGUAUACAGACAGGUUGCUGGCCAGAGAUUAGGUUUUUUGUCAGACCAGGUCGGCCUCCCUGGUGGCAUUUGAGGGUGACUAUGUCCCCCUUCUAGUGGCUGGGUGGGGUUCCUUUCGGAUCCCUGGCCAUAUUCCCUUAAAGGGACCUUCUUUCUUCGGAAGAUUUGGUCCCACAAGCCUUGUAGCAGCCUUGCUAGGCUUUCUGCGGAAGGCCUCUUUGAGGUUUAGCUUGGGCUGUUGGCCGUAGGGAAUGCUGUCACUAACAGCCUUUGUGUGACCUGAGGGUGAGUUGCUCUGGCGUUUCUUUCGAAAUUGCUUUUACGUUUGUCUAGCCAUUUGGCAUUCACUCCCCUCAAGCAUGGCAGCGUGGGUAUAUCGUUCCCCAUAGCGUUUCAAACGCAGAGUAGAGUUCCCUUCGAAAGGGAACGUCUCAGGUUACGUAUGUAACCAUGAUUCCCUGAGAACAGGGAACGAGACUCUGCGUUUCCUUGCCAUGCUCCGGGGCUGCCUGCUGAACAGUCCCUCAGACGAUAAGAUACUGACUGAUUCUCUAGACGCUCCUUAUAUACUUCCGGGUCACGCUAUGAUGACGUCAUAGGCUGUCACCGGCCAAUAGGAUUGGAGAGAUUUGAUACUUGGCUUUCAGACAUCGGUUCACAUGUGACGUUCCCCAUAGCGUUUCAAACGCAGUGUCUCGUUCCCUGUUCUCAGGGAACCAUAGUUACAUACGUAACCUGAGACGUUCUCUCUCUCUCUCUCUUCAUGAGUAAGCACAUGGCUGGUGUUACUACUACAGUUACUGUUUAAAAGCGACAGCACAGUCAGGGCUGCAAGAAAGACAGAGAUUCAAUUUUUUAUAUUUAAGGUUUUGGAUAUCCGUUUGGAAUUAUUGCACUCAGGCCUAUAUCAAGUAUAAAUCACCCCGUUAUUCUAAAUCUCAAAUAAUUCCCUUCAUACCUAGUAGUCUUAGAGCCAGGGCCGGAUUUACCUCAUAUUUUGACAUUGUGGCAAAAUAAAUGUUUUGCCUAUGUCACACUAGUCAGUGGAUUUCCCACAAUACUCUGCGCUAUUUUAACCUUCCUGUGCUGUGCUGUGCAGCUGACAUACCACACAUUUACACAGUGACAAAGGAUACUUAAAUUUCUACAGGAGUGCCAUAUAUCAGCAGCCGAGAGGAGAGUCCGACCUGCUUCAACUUCCUGAGGAGUUGAGUUUGUUGAGCUUUCUUCACCAGGUGAGACGUGUUAAGAGCCCAAGUGAGGUCUGCUGUGAUGUGGAUGCCCAGGAACUUGAUAUUAUCCACACGCUCCACUUCCACCCUCUGUAUGAGCAGUCGAGCAUGUGCUGUCCUUCUGAAGUCCACAAUAACCUCUUUGGUUUUAGUGGCAUUCAAAACCAGAUUAUGUUCUGAACACCACAGGGCCAGGUGAUGGAUCUCCUCUCUGUUGUGGUUCUCAUCAUUGUCCGAUACGAGACCCACUACAGUGGUAUCGUCAACGAAUUUCACAAUGGUGUUUGAGGCAUGGAUGGGGUGCAGUCGUGUGUGAAAAGAGUAAAAAGGGCUGGACUGAGUACGCAUCCCUGCAGAGUUCAGAACGAGGGUAGAUGAUGUAUUAUCCCCUAUUCUUACCACUUGUGGUCUGCUGGUUAAAACGUCUCUGAUCCAUGAACACGGUGAGGUGGGCAGACCUAACUUAAGGAGUUUGUGUACCAGUUUGUGGGGAAUUAUUGUAUUAAACAUAGAGCUGAAGUCAACAAAUAGCAUCCUAACAUAUGUGUUAGACAGCCCCAGAUGGGACAGGGCUGUGAGGAGGGCUGUGGUGACUGCGUCCUCUGUAGAUCGGUUCGCCUUGUAAGCAAACUGGUGGCUGUCUAGUUCAGGAGGUAUAAUGUUCUUAAUGUGCUGCAGGAUAAGUCUGUGCAUAAAUCCGGCCCUGCGCUAGGUCCCACUAGUGUUGCAGAAACUACAUACUUCACCUUUAAAAUAAUGUUUUUAUAAUUCAUGGAAUUAUUAAUUUUCAAAGCCUUAAUUAUUCAUCAUAGCCUGAAAGCUAAUUGAGUACAAUCAUUUAAUGAAUUUACAGUUUAUUGCAAUUGACCCCCCUUCAAUUCAGUGGCCUGGACCCACCCAAUAAAUAGUUGGUCAUUUUCCAAAAAGAUGUCUCAUCACACUUUAACUUUGUUUAUUUAGUUAAAAGAAUGAUUUCCAUGGUCAAUUGCAGGCCGUUUCCUAGUCUCCCCUCUCCCACUUGUCAAAAUGAAAAGUUUGAUUCAUCAGUUUCUGUUAGUCCCGCCCAGGAAGUAAUGGUAAGAUUUCCACGUUUGUGGAAUGUGGAGUUGAAUUUGAAAAUUAUUAAACAAAUAUGAUCGGUCGAUACUUUAAACGCCUAAUUUGGAUAUAUAGUUGGAUAUGUACUGCUGCAAGAAACCAAGCAAUGAAACCGCGCAAUUCCCAUAACAAGACAUUAUUAUGAUGAGAUCAUCUCCGUGUAGAAAGUAGAAACAUUUAUAGUGUAUAGUUAUAGUUAAAAGAUUGUAAACAUUAAUUCAUAUAGUCGCUGACAUGCAGAAACCUCGUAUCUACAAAUUUCAUCAUUUUUAUUUUUUUCUCCAUAAAUCAUUACUAUUGGUCACCCCUUACGUCUCUAGGUUGUAAAAUAUUUAACCAAUGAAAAGUAUUAAAAAGAACUUGUGACUAAACCUCGUAACUCCAUUGGCUCUUCAAACUGUCAGUCAAACCUCAUAACUCCACAUGCCUCUAUCGUGAAUGAAGUGCUGCACGCUUUGGAGGGAGAUCUCUGCUUGUUUACAAUAUUAGGGUAAAUAAAGAACUGUUUGUUUGAAUAAGUACAGCGUUUUCUUUACUCGAGAAACUCUCUCUAUAAAAACUAGUGUUUGAGGAGCGGAGAGAGUGUCUUAGUCUAGCAUUUGUCAUCGAGUCAUAGCCAGUACUGUCUUAAAUAGUCUGUGCGUAGCUUAUCUGGUCUGACCAUAUAUAAAUUCAUAAGUUCAUGAAUGUAGGUUAUUUGCUGUUUUGUAACUUUGAACUUAAUACUGCGCUGCGUAUUUUUUUUUUUUUUUUUGUCUGAUAAUUUGGCAUACAGUUUUCAUACUCGAUAUGAUUAGGCCUGUAUGAUUUCCUCACCCUGUUUCAUGAAGGCCCACCCGCUUCAACAUUUCUGGCCUCAUGCACUUUAGACAGAAGCAAUGACGCUUUUGCUCAAUUAUGAAUAGGCCUAAUAAAAAUUUUGGACACGAUGGAUUUUAAUUCCACGGAUUAUAAUAAUAGGAAGAAUAAUUGUUCAGAAAGAAUAAAUGUAAUAUGUAUUAAGAAAACGUCAAAAUUAAGUUAGUAACUUCAAUAAAUGUGUUCAGAUUCGAUGUGCGCUCACGCGCUCUGCUCACACACGUGACUUGAAGUGUGCGUGCGCGUAUGAGUGAUUCAAAUUUUAGUUGCUAUAGCGACGCGAGUUAUGAAUUCUGACUGAAUAUAUACACACUCGAACCGAUCGCUAUUUGUUGGUUGAGAGACGAGGCGAAUUCAGAGACUUUUACGAAGCUUUUCCUGUGCGGAUUUUGAAGCUGUUUGGAGGAUUUCUGAGAGUUUUAUUCUAGAAGGACAUCGGAGGAUAUAUCAUCUACAUAGUUUUAUUUUUUAAAGAGUUCAUAUUAUUUCUGAGGACAGUUUUAUUUUAUUAUUCUUUUUUUCUUUUCUUUUUUUUUUCUUUUUUUUUAUUAUUUUUUUUUUUCCUGAGGAGAUUUGUAUUUUAUUCUUUUUUAUAUUGUAUUUUAUAUUAUUUUUUAUUGCAGUUUGGAGGAGGAUGUCGAAGGCUCACAGGGGUGAAAGAGGAGCCUCCAGAUCCAGGAGAGCUGCUUCCUCUCAGACGGCCGGUCAGGAGGUUUGGAGACCCGGUUCUGAUGACCGCCAUCAGGAUCCGCUGCCAGACCAGACCCGGACGCUGAGCCAGGAGCUACCUGGAUAUUUAACACCUCUGCCCUCUGAGUCUGUUUUUGUGUCCACAGGUCAGGAUCACUGGAGGAGGAAGUGGCAGAGCAGCAGCCAGCAGAGCCCAGAUGAUGGACGUCCAUCCAAUCCAUUUAAAAGACCUGCUACAUGGUCUCGCAGAGAUUCUUCACCAGGCAUCAUGUCCACAUCAUCUUUGUCCCUCUCUGAGGACAAUGUAAAGAGGCGGUUCUGUAGAGAGUCAUUAAGCCUGAGCAGCAGAGGCUCGUACAGCGUCUGUUGGAGGUGGAGUGGUGAUGGAUCGGAGAGCCCAAACGAACAGGGCAGUUGUGGCAACCGCUGUUUGUCCAGGUCUGACAGCCUGGAAGAGUGGAUGAGCCCUCCGCUGCCAGGUCAAGUUCCUGUUGAGCCAACAGAGACUUCAAAUGGCCGAACUGCCCAGGGUGCCAUGGAGUCUUCUCCUGUGAACAAGAGCUCAACAGAAAAACCUACAGAAUGGAGGAAGAGGAAAAGAUUUCGAUCUUUCUUGAAGAUGCUGUGGAAGGCCAUGAAGAGUCCUUUCAGCUGCUGUUGCCACAGUAGUGCUGUGGAUGUCGUGGAGCCUUUUGUCCCUCCACCAGAUCUGGAGCCGUCAGCUGAUCCUGAGCCGUCACCUGAUCACUCCAGAGUCAAGACAAAUAAUGAGUCCUUUGAGUCUCUCUUUAACGUGGGAGAGAUGAUUGGAUCCGGAGGAUUUGGCAGGGUGUACGAGGGGACACGCAAAUUUGAUGGCAAAAAGGUUGCCAUCAAGCGGAUACGCAAGACUGCCAACAACCGUUAUCUUGAUAUUCCUGGGCAUCCCGAACCUCUCGUUACAGAAGUGGCGCUGCUGCUAAUGAUGAGGCGAGAACCCAUAAGCCCCUACAUCAUACAACUGUACAAUUGGUUUGAACAUCCUCGAAAAUUCACUCUGGUUAUGGAGUACCCUGAACCCUGCGAGAGCUUGCUGGACUUCAUCAUUCGUCAUCCUCAACUGGACGAAACAACAGCACGGGUCAUCAUGCGACAGGCUGUGCUGGCAGUACAACACUGCAUUGAGCAUGGCGUUUUUCAUAAUGAUGUUCAUGCGCAGAACUUCCUGUUGAAGAAAAACACGUUGGAGCUCAAGCUGAUAGACUUUGGCUGCGGUCAGCUGUUUAGUAGCGAUGGCUACGAGAGCAACAUAUACCUUGGAUUACUGGAUUACUGCCCACCUGAAGUCUUCGCAGAACCGAGAUUCCACGCCGUCGCAGCGAACGUCUGGGCUCUAGGAGUGUUGUUGUACGAGAUGGUGAACGCAUGUUCUCCUUUUUGGGAUAGAAUGGAAAUCAAACAAGCUAAAGUUACAUUUCAGAACACCAACUUAUCCAAAGAAUGCAGUGAUCUGAUUAGCCAGUGCCUAACCCGGGAUCCAACUAAACGGCCGACAUUAGAGCAGAUCUUACAACAUCAAUGGAUUAGAAAUGAUCUAGCUUGGAGAAGCUCAGGAGAUUCACUCAAUCAGUGAUUUCAGGAAAUAACCUGCUUGCUGUCCUUGGUGGAGGACUUGAGCUCGAGACUUGACCCGAAGCCUGAAGUCCAACCCCAACCUGACAGGAACUCAAGCCGCCACACCAGAGAUCAGAGCCUGUCCACGUCUGAGCAAGAACAGAGAGACUGCAAGACAUCAAUUCAUCACAGACACAUUUGCUUUGUUUUUAAGUCAAAUCAAGACAUCUUUAUUUAUAUAGCACUUUUUUAUAUGACCAAUCUGUAUAUAUGUAUAUAUAUAAUCUGUAUAUGAUCCCUUUGAAUAAAUGCUUUUAAUGAAU